CACACCGUUCUCCCACUAACCAUCUGAAGAAGGUCCCAACUGCAGUUGAAUAAGGCUACGGAGAUUCCAAUGGCGGAAGCUGUAACACACACAAAUAUCUUCACCUCCUCCAAAUGAAUCAUCGCUCCUCACUUCAACACACCCCAUUCGUUUCGAUUUCGCAGGAGAAUCUCUGAAGGAGGAGAAAAAUGAUCCACCAAUGUAUUUCCAAGGGCCUGCCUUCUCCAUUUCCCGCCUCCAAUCCUCCGCACAACCGUACAAGAAAGCUCAAAUCGCUGAGUUCUAGUGUUCGCUGUGAAUCCCACCUCGAGUUAGAGCCUAAAUCGCCGGCCCUCCAGGUUGGCGGGCCUUACCCGGGAGGGUUGGGUCCUCACACGGGGCGGGACCCGAAUGUGAAGAAGCCCGGAUGGUUGAGGCAGAAGGCGCCGCAGGGGGACAAGUACGAGGAGGUGAAGGAAUCUCUGUCCAGGCUCAAACUCAACACCGUCUGUGAGGAAGCUCAGUGCCCCAACAUCGGGGAGUGCUGGAAUGGCGGCGGUGACGGCAUUGCCACCGCUACCAUCAUGGUGCUCGGCGACACUUGCACGAGGGGAUGCCGGUUUUGUGCCGUGAAGACUAGUAGGAACCCACCUCCUCCUGAUCCCAUGGAGCCUUACAACACUGCGGAGGCUAUUGCGAGCUGGGGUGUGGAUUAUAUUGUUCUAACCAGUGUUGACCGAGAUGAUCUACCUGAUGGUGGAAGUGGCCAUUUUGCCGAAACAGUCAAAGCCAUGAAGAGACUCAAGCCUGAUAUCAUGGUUGAGUGUUUAACAUCUGAUUUCCGAGGUGACUUAAAGGCUGUGUCCACUCUUGUUCACUCGGGAUUAGAUGUUUUUGCUCACAAUAUUGAAACUGUGAAACGACUGCAGCGAAUUGUUAGAGAUCCUAGGGCUGGGUAUGAGCAAAGUUUAUCUGUGCUGAAGCAUGCAAAGCUCAGCAAGGAAGGAAUGAUAACAAAGUCAUCUAUUAUGUUGGGACUUGGUGAAACUGAUGAUGAGUUGAAGGAAGCCAUGGCUGAUUUAAGGGCCAUUGAUGUUGACAUUUUGACACUGGGACAGUAUUUACAGCCCACUCCAUUGCACCUUACCGUCAAGGACUACGUUACCCCUGAAAAAUUUGCCUUCUGGAAAGAAUAUGGCGAGUCAAUUGGUUUCCGCUAUGUUGCUAGUGGACCCUUGGUUCGAUCUUCGUACAGAGCUGGGGAACUGUUUGUCAAGACUAUGGUGAAAGAGAAAGCUAAGAAUGCAUCACGGAUUUCUGCAUGAUUUUCUGCACGAUGCAACGAUAGUCUUUGCUAUAGUCGCAGUUCGAUUACGACAACCUCUCAUAAUCAACCCACAAAUUUUACAAGUAUCACUGUAGAUUAUGUCUGUAUUUUCAUUGAAUUCAUUCCAUUCCAUCAACGAUUGGGAAGCAGUAUAGGAUGCCAAGAAUAUUGUCCCUCAACAAAUUUAUUAGGUUUAAGAAUUGAACUCAAAGGUUGUGUUUGGACCAAUAAAUUUGAAAUUUAAGGCUUUCAAAAUUUAUUAGGGAAAUUA